AGAGAGAGAGAGAGAGAGUUUUACUUGCACCAAAAGCUCAACUGGAAUCUUAGGUCUAACCUAUAUUAAAGAAAAUGGAGGGACGGUGAACAAGUGAGGCGGCGGCAAUGGAGGUGGCAACCCAAUUAGACGGCGUCGUAUGGGACAGUAUCUUGGCGCAAACUAAGUUGGCCCAAGAAAAGGGGUGCGACCCAUUGCUGUGGUCAAUCCAAGUUUCCUCAAACUUGAGCUCUGUUGGGAUCAGUUUGCCGUGUGUUGAGCUCUCCAGUCAUUUGGUCUCGCACAUUUGCUGGGAAAACAAUGUGCCUAUUGCUUGGAAGUUCUUGGAGAAAGCUUUGGUUCUCAAGAUUGUGCCACCCUUGCUUGUUCUUGGCUUGCUCUCAACUAGGGUAGUUCCAUACCGGCAUUCAUGUCCAGCAGCAUUUAGGCUAUAUAUGGAGCUCCUUAACCGACAUGCUUUCUCUCUGAAGGCGUCAAUGAACUUGCCACACUAUCAGAAGACCAUGAACGCGUUAGAUAAAGUUCUUGAUUUAUCUAAGACAUUCGGCAUUCAAGUAAAUGAAUCUGGUGCUCUUUUAGUCCUUUACAUCUUUUCAAUCGUUUGGCAGCUGGUUGAUGCAGCACUUGAUGAUGAAGAACUACUUCAACUUACUGAUAUUGACCCUAAGUGGCCUGUUAAGCCUCAAGACAUGGAUGUAGAUGGCAGUAAUAUUUACGGAGAAAAGAGGAGUGAAUAUAGCAAGAGAUUGCAAGCUUUUAAUACCGUCAUGGCCAUUGAGUUGAUUGGGCAAUUUUUGCGGAACAAAGUAACUUCCGGGAUUCUUUUCAUGGCUCGCCAAAACAUGUCAGAUCCAGAGUCCUUUUUUAUAGAUGUUUCCUCGGAGAAUGCAGUCUGGGAAAGCUUUACUCAGCGAAUGCAGCUGCUUUUAGAGAACUCAUCAGCUUUGCGCAACAUGAAUUCUACAACACUGGAAAUUCUCAGGCAGUUGAUUUCGAAUAAUUACAAAAUUAAGUCUCGGCAUUUUCAAGCUACUAUACGGCAAGAGUUUGAUUCUGUAUUAGAAUCGAAACCUCUUUUUCAUUCAGCUGGUCUCUGUCUGGGGACUAGUCAGUCGGCCCUUUGGCUUCCUCUAGACAUGCUGCUAGAGGAUGCAAUGGAUGGCUCACAAGUCAAUGCAACAAGUGCCGUGGAAAUUAUUACUGUGAAGUCCCUUAAAGCAACCAAUGCUGCAUCUUGGCAUGAGGUGUUUCUUGGGCUUUGGAUGGCUGCUCUACGCCUCGUUCAGAGAGAGAGGGAUCCUAUUGAGGGACCCUUGCCUCGGCUGGACACUCGUCUGAGCAUGUUACUGUCAAUUACGACCCUCGUGGCUGUGGAUCUCGUCGAGGAAGAGGAAUGUGUUUCAACGGAUAAGAUUGAAUAUGAUUCUGGGAUUAAACAUCGCGUUUCCGGCAAAAGGCGCAUGGAUUUGAUGUUCAGUGUCCAGAGUCUGCAUGGCUACCAGAGUUUGCUGGCCCCACCUCAGACAGUCAUAUCCGCCGCCAAUCAGGCGGCUACUAAAGCAAUGAUGUUUGUGUCGGGCAUCAAUCUUGGUAAUUCUUACUUUGAGUGCAUAAGCUCGAUGGAUAUGCCGAUUAACUGCUCUGGUAGCCUACAUCAUUUAAUUGUCGAAGCAUGCAUAGCAAGAAAUCUCUUGGACACAUCAGCUUAUUUCUGGCCAGGUUAUGUAAACGGUCGUAUAAACCAACUGCCCAACAACAUUCCCAGUCAAGUCCCUGGCUGGUCAUUGUUUAUGAAAGGAGCAUCUCUCACCCCCAUUAUGAUCAAUGCUUUAGCCUCAACUCCUGCUUCAAGCUUUGCAGAGAUUGAGAAAGUCUUUGAGAUUGCAGUCAAAGGAUCCUUGGAUGAAAGGAUAGCUGCUGCCACUAUUCUUUGUGGGGCCUCCUUGAUUCGUGGUUGGAAUAUUCAGGAGCACACUGUUUAUUUUAUAACUAGAUUGCUAUCUCCACCAGUCCCGAUCGACUAUUCUGAUAGCGAAAGCCACUUAAUAAGCUUUGCUCCCAUGCUCAAUGUUCUUCUUGUGGGGAUUGCACCAUUCGACUGUGUUCAUAUUUUCUCCCUCCAUGGUGUGCUAUGCGAGGUGUUCGGAUCAUGCGUGCCCGACGUCUCGUGGGCCCUACCCACGGGCGAACAAAUCUCCGCCCACGUCGUCUUCACCAACGCUUUCACCCUCCUCCUGAGGCUCUGGAGGUUCAAUCACCCGCCCCUCGAGUACGGGGUAGGCGACGUGCCCCCCGUUGGCUCCCAGCUGACUCCCGAGUACCUCCUUCUCGUCCGCAACUCCCUCCUUCUCUCUCCCGACCACUCCCUGCUGAGGGACCCCAACCGCCGGCGCCUGGCCCAGGUGGUGGCCUCUUCGGCCCGCGGGCCCAUAUUUGUGGACUCGUUCCCCAAGCUUAAGGUGUGGUACAGGCAGCACCUGGCCUGCCUGGCGUCACCCCUGACGGGCCUCGUGAAUGGGACCACAGUCCACCACACGGUGGAUGCUCUGCUUAAUAUGAUGUUUAGGAGAAUGAAUAAUAAACAUUCGGCGGGGUCUGGUGGGAGCAGCAGCUCGUCGGGCGAUGAUGGGUGUUUGAGGCCAAAGUUGCCGGCUUGGGAUAUUCUUGAGGCGGUGCCUUUUGUAGCCGAUGCUGCUCUCACCGCUUGCGCGCAUGGAAGAUUAUCGCCUCGUGAGCUGUGCACAGGGCUGAAAGAUUUGGCCGAUUAUCUUCCUGCAACACUGGCAACCAUCGUUAGUUACUUCUCAGCAGAAGUGACUCGCGGAGUGUGGAAGUCGACUGGCCGAGCCCGGCUGCUAACAUCUCCAAUGUCGAGGAACAGAUCAAGAAAAUAUUGGCUGCCACCGGUCCUGACAAUAACCUACAAACUCGACCGCGCCUCCCAACGCUUCCUCGACCUGGCGGGUCCCGCCCUCGAGUCCCUGGCCGCGGGUUGCCCGUGGCCGUGCAUGCCUGUCGUGGCCUCCCUCUGGACCCAGAAGGCCCGCCGCUGGAGCGACUUCCUCAUCUUCUCCUCCUCCCGCACCGUCUUCCUCCACAGCCCCCCCGCCGUUGUCCGCCUCCUCCGCGCCUGCUUCCGCGCUGCCACCGCCGGCCCCGCGCCCCCUUCCGGCCCCCUCCUCGGCCACGGCGGCCUCUCCCCCGCCGCCCCCGGCAUCGUCUACCUCCGCUUCUUCCGCUCCAUCCGCGACAUCAUGUUCCUCCGCGACGAGGUCAUCUCUCUUCUCAUGCAAACCGUGGCCGACGUCGUCGUGGGACCCGCUCGAAAAAAAUUUUCGGCCGCUCUGACCAAAGUCAAGCUAGCGGCGUCUCUGGGGGCCUCGGUGAUAUUUCUGACGGGCGGGCCCGGGCUGGUGCAGUCGCUGCUGAAGGAGACGCUGCCGUCGUGGUUUGUGUUGGGCCCGCGGCCCGAUGAGAGUGGGGUGAUGAGGGUGAUGAGGGGUUACGCGCUGGCUUACCUGGCGAUGCUGUGUGGGGCCUUUGCGUGGGGAGUGGGCCCGGGGCCGGCGGCGGGGAGGAGGAGGGCGGCGAUCCUCGGGCGCCACCUG